AUGCGGCGGGUGCGCAUUGACGUGGGCGCCAGACUGCUGCGCCGCUGGUUCACCGUUGCCGGCGUGGCUGGCACCGCGCUGCCGCGGGGGAUGCAGGCCUUCCCGCUGCGGGAUAGCACCGCGACCGUUGAGGCCAUUGCAGAGGCCUACGUCAACAUGGACCUGGCGACGAUGCGGAGGUUCCACGAGUUCGCUCUGAAGGACGCCGCGCCGUCGCCUGCCGCGGCACCACUCGAGUACGAGGAGGCCUUGCUGCAGGGCAUGGGGGCGGCAACCAGCGGCAGCAUCGGCGCCGGUCUUGCGGCCCCCGCCACGCCCAACAGCCCCACGCAGGGCGAGGCGGCGGCGGCGGCUGCUGCUGCAGGGGCGCCGGCGAGGAAAGCCGCGGAGAAAACUGCCUUUGACUUCACCGUCCGGAAGUACCCCGCGGCCAACAAGGUGAAGCUCAUCAAGGAGCUGCGCGCCGUCUCUGGGCUCCCGCUACAGGAGGCAAAAGCGGCCGUUGAACGGUGUCCGGGCGUCCUUGUGAAGGCAAUGGCGCGAGCCGACGCGGAGAAGCUCAAGGCCCUGUUUGAGGGGCAUGGCGCCGAGGUGGAGUUGCUGUGA